UCCAAUUUCCCUCCCCCCCGCCCCGCUCCCCCGACCUUUAGCUCCACCCAUCCCGAGAUUACUCUCUCUCUCUCUCUCUCUCUCUCUCUCUCUCUCUCUCCCUUCAAAUUCUCCUACCUCCGUCUCCUCUCUCUCUUUCUCCUCCAUGGCCUCACUCUUUAGGCUUCGCCGCUCCUCGGAGCCCCAAACCGGCGGCAAGAUUCUCCGGGGCCGGCGACCAGCGGCGGCGGCGGCGUCGCCCUACGCGCGCCCGUCACAGAAUCCGCCGCCACCACCACAACCUUCUCUUCCUCAUCCUCCCAUCGCCGAAUCUGGAAACCCUAAUUGGCUCCAAGGGUUCUUCUACGGCGCCGGGAAGUUCAUCUCUUCCGCGUUCGUCUCCGAUCAUAGAUCGGAUUCUACUUCCUCUUCGUACUCCUCCUCCUCCGACGACGAGGAUGACGAAGACGCAGAUUUGAGCUCAAAUAAAGAGGAGGAUGAUGGUGAAUCUCCUGCAAAGUUUCAGGAAUCAGACCAAGGGAAGAAAUUGGAGACACUCAGGAGAGGCAUCGCGGACUCAACAGCCAUCGUUUCUAGAAGUGAAUCAAAACUUGCUAUUGAGCAGUUGCUUUUGCAGGAGACUUUCUCAAGGGAUGAAUGUGAUAGAUUUGUAAAGAUAAUAAAAUCACGAGUUUUAGACUCUCCAUCUGAGGAUGUUGUAGAGUUUGCAAGGCAAAAGGACAUCCUUAACAGGACCACGGACAGUACCUGCGGGUUGUCAGGAGCUUGGCGUUCUCUGAAUAAUAAUGGGAACAUACUUGAUUCAGUUCCAUAUUCAAGCACUAGGCUGGGUGCUCUCUCACCUUGUUCUCAUGUCCAAGCAUCACCUGAUCUCUGCGAUACAGCUGUUAAGGAGGCAAAAAAGUGGCUAGAGGAGAAAAAGCUUGCAUCGUCUUCAAAGCAUGAUGAACAUGGACCUUGCACUUUAAACACUGAUAUGCUUCAAUAUGGCAUUGAAGGUGAAGUAGGGUCGCCUGUUGAUUUGGCUAAAUCAUACAUGCUGUCAUUGCCUCCUUGGAAGUCUCCAUUCUUAGGUAACAUGGGGUUCAGGACACCGCCGCCAAGUGAGAUGUGUCGCUUUAAGGAUGAAACCAACCAGGCAAUUGCCAACUACUCUUUGCCUUCAUCCAAGUUUCUGAGGAGGAACUAUUACUCCAUGGGGUUAUGGGACUCUUCGGAGGAGUCUCGAAGAGUUCGUUUGAAAUUAUCUGGAGAUUCACUGGAUGCAUCUAAACAUGGACAAACUGGAACUUCCUCCAAGUUGUUUGAAAAUGAAACCUCAAAAACGUCACUAGCAGCUGAUGACGAAGCUCUAAAAGCUUUAGCUACUUACCAAGAUGCAAAUUCUUCACAAGUUAGAGAAACUUGUAGUUCAACUGCCAGACUCUUGGAUGGAGCUGUCAUAUCGACCGAGGAAACAGCUUCUCAAGUGCAACCUCCAGAUAUUGAAAAGAGCAUUCCAUUGGAAAUACAUUCUGUGCCUGACGAAACUGUUGGUGAUUUAAGACAAGCUCAUGAAAGCUCAUUGCCAACUUCUAUUCCGUUAGAGCCUACGCAUGCUGAAAGAGAGAAUGGAUCUAAGUCUACCAUUCCUGAUGCCCUCAUUUUAGAUGAAAAUAAUGAUGCCAUGGAACCUACAGAAACUGGGAAACAAGAUGGUGAUUCCAGCAAUUCUCGAGAUGUUUUAUCUGAUGCAAAAGUAUUGGUAGUGGAAAGCGCCAAAUCUGCUGCACUAAGUAAGGCGGAACCUCCCAUCAAACCUGAUGAAACUGUUCAGCUGGCUAAUGCUCAAACAAUUCCUGACGCUGAAGAGAUAAUAGAAAUCAAUAACUCAUCUCAUGUAAAUAUUGAAUCAGGUCUCAGAGACCUCCUUGCUGAAAAUGAAGAUCCUCGGAUAGAGAACACCAUGAAUGGAUCGACAAAUAAAAUCUCUGCUGACGGUUUGUGCUCACAAUCCAAUGGCAACUCAAAUUUCGGCUCCUCAACUAAUGGAGACCCAGAUAGUUCUCACAACCAUGAGCUUUUAAGUGAAGGUGUUCUCGAAGCGCCUGCUGGUGACAAAAGUAUAACCAAAUCACAGAAUGGUACCAGGAUGAGAUCUAUUGAGCGAAUGCUCACUAAACCUCAAUCGACAGGUGGACGGCGAGGAAGGAAAGGAGGGGCCAAAGCAGGAGGGAGAAAAUGACUGCUCCCUCAUACGCUUACUCUUUGUAUAUCAGGAUUGUUGUACAAGUACUAGGUUGUAGCUUUAAAUUAUUUACCAUCCGCUUUGGUAAAUUUAGGUGAAAUUGCAAUGUUCUGUAUCUAUUGUUGUGUGUCUGCUAAACCAUUUGUAGUUUCGAUUGGUCAUUAGAUGGUGCGAAUUAGGUCUAAUCACUAGAAUUACGAGUAUCUAUAUAUUGUCGUUUUUCUCACUAGGAUUCCUCCAGUAUUAAACGUUGCUCAUCCGAUCAAAGCAGUGUUAUGUCAAUUUUACUGGCCAAUUAUAUCAUAUAUUCUCUUGUUAA